GGGUGGGUGAAAAAUUCAAUCGAUUAUCUGGCUCACAUUUCACGUUCACGUUGGUGCUUGGUGCGUCGUCGUUCAGUCUCCAUCCAUGCUCCAUUGUCAUUGCAUCGUUUAUUGGUGAUGCACUAAAGACGGGAGGUUCUUACGACAAUAUGUAGUUACAGUCCAAAUAACAGCUGAAUGUAGCGAACCUCGACGUCUCGUGUGCCUCCCGCCUUUUUUGCUAUCAUUCAUUCCUUUUUUAUUGGUAAUAACGAACGUUUACGAGUUUCAAAAAACAUGGCAAUUCUUCCACCCGAUCCGAUUUACAUUCUUCGAGGCAAUAACGGGCCUGUUCACAGCCUCACCUUUAAAAUUACUCCAUACAUCGAACAUCUUUAUGCAGGCACCGAAAAUGGAGAUAUUCAUAUUUGGGAUCUUAAGAAAAAUCGUGAAGCAUUGAAACUUGAAGACAAAAAAGAUCCUUGUCUCUCUUUGAGCGUGAAUGAUGAACGUCUUGUUGCACAGAGAAAAGGCGGUGCAAUUGAUAUCUGGAGCGCGGAUGGAUCGCACUGGACACUGGACCAAACUACCGAAACCACUUAUUGUGGUUUUUGCAGAUUUCAACAUCAGGAUCAUGAUCUUGUACUCGUACCUCUCAAAAAUUCUGUAAUUGGUGCUCUGUCUCUGAAGAGUCUUGACAUUGUCUACGAAUUGGACAGUUCCUUAUUUGAGGAUCAGCCGAAAUUAGGCCAAGUAAUGGCGAUCAAACCCAUCAAUUGUUUUGAGAGGAAUUACGUACUUGCUUCGUACGAGAGCGGGCACACGGGUUUGUGGGAUUUGAGAGAAAGACGAGUCGUUGGGUGGUUGAAAAUCAACGAAUGCCCGAUGGCUAUCAAUUUUGAUGACUACUGGAUGAGAGGAGUCAUCGGAAGUCCGAGCGAUAAAUUGGAGAUAUUUGAGAUGAGCAAAGUCCAAGCUCUCGCGCUGAGCCGUCAAAUAACAAUAAAAAAUCCUGGUACAUCGGUCAUUGGCUCACGAUCUGAUUCCAAAGUGUUUGCGGUCGGAGGAUGGGAUGGACGUCUACGUAUAUUUUCGUGGAAGAGUCUUCGACCUCUCGUAGUGCUGGAUCAGCACAAAGGAUCGAUUCACGACAUUGCAUAUUACCAUGGUAAAAUCGAGGCUUACAACAGUAAAGGUUUGAUGGCCGCAGCUGGGAAAGACGGAACAAUUUCAUUGUGGGAUAUUUACAAUCAAUGAAUUUGUAAAUACUGCGUCCGCGGCGUUAAAAAUUUUAAGACGGUGAUGAAAGAAAGAAAGAGAAAGAGAGAGGGAGCAAACGAGAGAGAGAACAAAGGAAUUUUUAACGAAAGCGAAAUAAAAAAUAUAUAUUUUUUCAUACACAAA